UCUGGCUCCGCUAAGUUGAUUUUCAAAUCGAUCCGCACCUCUGUUCGCCGGCCAGCAGAAGAUCACCAUCUCCGACUCCUGGCGUCAAGGCAUUCAUCGAACUCAGUCGUUACGAACAUUGGCAAGCCUCUCCCGUCUUCUUAUAGCUACAUCCAUCUCUUUGUCCGCUGAUCGCCUUAAUCGGGCGACUGUUGAUUGAGAUCUCGGAUAAGAAAGAAGCAAAUAAAUUGAACGACGUGAUUUCCAUGGGCGAUUCCCCGGGUUCCGAGUCGAAGUCCGGCGUCGACGCGGCUAGAAUGGGGGAAGUUAAGGCGUGGCUCGCAUCUCAAUUCGAGGCGAUCGGGAAAGAAGUUCCCGAUUUCGAGUACACGCCUCGCACCAUCGCUCAUUUCCACGAUUUGGCUACCGUCUCUCAGGCCAAGACCAAGGCGGCGAACAUCGUCGCCGCUGAUUUCCGCCAGAAAGCCGCCGAGUACCGUGCUCAAGCUGCUAGGGUUAGAGAGAUAUUGGAGCAUGUGGGACUAGCACAAGAGAGUUUGCCUUCCAAUGUGGUGGGUUCGGCUCAAGUUCUAGCAAAUGUGGCUAACUUGUUGAACAUAAGAGACACUGAACUAAGCAGUUUCCUAGUAGCAGCUGCUGACAUUUCCUUGAGGAAGACCGGUGUCGAGGAAAAGAGGGCAAAAGUAAGGAAUGAUUCCAAAGUUCUGCUGGAGUACACCCGAAAGGCAAUUUCGAGGCUUACUUACUUAAAAAGAACCCUUGCACAGCUUGAGGAUGAUGUUGCCCCUUGUGAGGCUCAGAUGGAUAAUUGGAAGACCAAUUUGGCAGUAAUGGCAUCGAAAGAGCGACAGUAUUUUCAACAACAUUCCAAUUACAAGGCGCUUCUCAACCGUGUAGGCUACACUCCGGAGAUCAACCACCGGGUACUGGUCGAGUUAGCCGAGCACAGAAAGGAGCUCGAAAAGGAGACCAAACCCAUCUUGGAUACACUGAGGAGUUACCAGGACUUGCCCGCGGACAAAGCUCUGGCAGCACUGGCAAUCGAGGAGAAGAAGCGACAGUACGCCGCAGGGGAGAAGUACCUCGGAGACUUGGUCCAGGCCCUCGCAAUGCAACCGUGAUCAAACAAACGUUCACCAUAACCACCGACCAGCUGGGUUUUGAUUGGGCGCCAUUUAUGGAAAAGCUUGUAGUUAUUCGCAGCAACUUGUAGUAAGCAUUGAAGUUUGGGUUUCUCAAUACAGUGUGUUUGGUAUUUUAAAUUUGUGUAGUAGUGAAGAAAAAUAACAGCAGUGAAGAAAAACGGCGCUGUUAUUGGCUGUGACGCCGCCGGCGAGAAUUCAAUUGGCGGUCGGCAAGAUAGAUCACAUGGGUCCGUGUGGGCCGAGCCGGGCCGGGAAGUGAAUUGAGGCCGAGGUGGAGUCCACGUGAAGUCGAUGGACACGUGGAGGGAAGCUGCGGACGCCUGCUUACGUCAUGUUAUGUCAGAGGAGGAAGAGAGGGAACUGGGAAACAGUACAAAUUCAGACCGCCCUCCCGCUGCCCAUUUUCCUUGCCUCUCUGUUUUCUUAACGCAAAAAAAAAAAAAAAAAACA